CUCCUCUGCUCCCUCCCUCUCGGGUCUUGCCAGUCUGCGAAGCCAGGCCAGCCGGGCUCAGCCCCUGUGAGGAGAGCUGUCACGGAGCCAGGCACUGUUGUCAGGAGCCUCCCGGGCAGGCUGGGCCAGAUGCCAAACUUCACCAACCAGUCAUGUGCACCUUCCAGGAGUUUGCACUGACGUGCCCAGAUUGAAAUGUCUCAGGGUGGAGGACGCCUCAACAACAGGCCCCGUCUUGUGACCCUUUCUUCCGAAGCAAAGUCAAGGCUGAAGACUUUAAGUGACAAGUCAAGAGAAGCUAAAGUAAAAAACAAACCCAGGACUGUCCCAUGCUUGCCGAAGUACUCUGCUGGACUAGAAUUACUCAGCAGGUAUGAAGAUACAUGGGCUGCACUCCACAGGAGGGCCAAGGAAUGUGCAAGUGCUGGAGAGCGGGUGGACAGCGAGGUGGUCAUGCUCUCCGCGCACUGGGAGAAGAAGCAGGCGAGCCUCCGGGACCUGCAGCGGCAGCUUCAGCAGCUUCCAGGCCUCAUCGCAGACUUAGAAUCCCUGACGGCAAGUCUGACUCAUUUAGAGGCUAGUUUUGAGGAGGUAGAAAACCACCUGCUGAAUCUGGAGGAUUUAUGUGGACAGUGUGAAUUAGAGAGACACAAACAUAUGCAGUCCCAGCAACUGGAAAAUUACAAGAAAAAUAAGAGGAAGGAACUUGAAACCUUCAAAGCUGAACUCGAUGCAGAGCACUCCCAGAAGGUCCUGGAGAUGGAGCAGACCCAGCAGCUGAAGCUGAAGGAGCGGCAGAAGUUUUUUGAGGAAGCCUUCCAGCAGGACAUGGAGCAGUACCUCUCCACGGGCUACCUGCAGAUAGCGGAGAGGCGAGGUCAACUGUUUUCCAUUUGGCACCUCAAGCCACCACCAGCUGGUUCGUGUCCGUGGGGAAGGAAGGCUCUCCCUGCAGUUCACAGCGGCAACUGCCUGCGCACCGUUCUCUCCUCCACUCUGUUUCUGAGGCCUCAGUACAUUCCCGAGUGUUUCUGAGGCCCUCUUCUGUUCCACUUUUCCACGUGUCUGGCCUGUGUUGGCUGUAACUUCUGACAGUCAGGGACCCAUGCUUUCCUGACGGAAGAGCUCAACUAUUUUUCUCUUAUGGUUCUAGAGGUUUGCUUUCCUUUUGUGAGUUUCCGAUGGAUUUGUUUAGAUUCUGUCUAAUCUUCAGACCCACAUGCCUUUCAGUCUUUGCAGACCUUGGGCUCAGGUUUGCAUUUUGCAGCCCUCAGGCUGUUAACUUGUGCCUUUAAUUUUUCUUCUUGGUAAACUGCACACAGAAUAUUCUCUAAAUUUUGGUAAUAGUCCUGGGUUUUUUAAAUUUUUUUCCAUUAAGCUUUAUUUGACUUGUGAAGUUGUUUAGAAGUGUUUUUUAAAUACUAAAUUUUAUUGUGGCUGGAAAAGGGGGUUUCUUCUUUGAUUCAAGACUGACACUAUGUUCUUUUAGAGUAUUUUUGCUACAUGUUUUGUGUGUAGUUAAGAACAAGAUUCUAGGUGACAGGCAUGAGGAUCUGUAAGUGUACGUUUCAGACAACUUAUAAAUUGGCCUGUUCAGACGUUUCCUAUUAAUAUCCAUUUUGGAUUGCUUAAUUAUCAGAGGUACAUUAAACCUUCCUUUUCCCCUCAAUUAGGAUGGACUCCUUACAUUUUCCUUGUCGUGCUUCCAUAUUUUACUUUAAAAAUAAAACCACAAAAUAUAUAGUCACACAGAAAUUUUGAA